AGAAGCGUGGCGGGCCGCGGUCACAGAGGGUCCUGGGGAAGCGGUCCGACACCAAGGCAGCGGCCACCCGGACAGCUUCUGCGGAACGCUCAGCACCAUGGCCCAGACGCCCGCCUUCGACAAGCCCAAAGUGGAACUUCAUGUCCACCUAGAUGGAGCCAUCAAGCCAGAAACCAUCUUAUACUUUGCCAAGAAGCGAGGGAUUGCUCUCCCAGCCGACACAGUGGAGGGGUUGCUUGAUGUCAUUGGCAUGGACAAGCCAAUCUCCCUCCCAGCUUUCCUGGCCAAGUUUGAUUACUACAUGCCUGCUAUCGCGGGCUGCAGAGAGGCCAUCAAGAGGAUCGCUUAUGAGUUUGUGGAAAUGAAGGCCAAGGAAGGAGUGUUGUACGUGGAGGUGCGCUACAGCCCACACCUGCUGGCCAACUCCAAAGUGGACCCCAUCCCCUGGAACCAGACGGAAGGAGACCUCACCCCCGAUGAGGUUGUGGACCUCGUGAACCAGGGCCUGCAGGAGGGAGAGAAAGCAUUUGGGGUCAAGGCCCGGUCCAUCCUAUGCUGCAUGCGCCACCAACCUAAAUGGUCCCUUGAGGUGUUGGAGCUGUGUAAGAAGUACCAUAAGAAUACCGUGGUGGCUAUCGACCUGGCUGGUGAUGAGACCAUUGAAGGAAGCAGCCUCUUCCCAGGCCAUGUGGAGGCCUAUGAGGGAGCUGUGAAGAGUGGCAUUCACCGCACUGUCCAUGCUGGGGAGGUGGGCUCUGCUGAGGUCGUGCGAGAGGCUGUGGAUGUUCUCAAAACAGAGAGAGUGGGACAUGGCUACCACACCCUGGAGGAUGAGGUUCUCUACCACCGGCUACUGCAAGAGAACAUGCACUUCGAGGUCUGUCCCUGGUCCAGCUACCUCACAGGUGCCUGGGAUCCAAAAACGGAACAUGCAGUUGUUCGUUUCAAGAAUGACAAAGCCAACUACUCACUCAACACAGAUGACCCCCUCAUCUUCAAGUCCACCCUGAACACUGACUACCAGAUGACCAAAGAGAAGAUGGAAUUUACUGAGGAGGAGUUUAAGCGACUGAAUAUCAAUGCAGCAAAGUCAAGCUUCCUCCCAGAAGAAGAGAAGGAGCAGCUCCUGAACCAGCUUUACGCAGCAUACAAACUGCAGCCAUAGGCCACCACUGCAGGACAGGUCCCCUGAAGACAGCAUGACCACCUCUCUGAGCCUCACCAUGUGGAUGGAGUCUUCACAGCUUUGUGACAUUCUUACCUUCAUUCUUUCUAGACCUCAGCAUGGCCAGGUCUGUCCUCUGAUCAGGUGUCCUGGCUAUGGUCCAAAGGCCCUGCCAAUAAUGGGUAUGAAUCUGAAACCUUCC